AUGAGGCCUCGCAAUCGGAAAAACCAAAGAGGCAUUAGCCGUCCAGCCUUGACAGUAAUGAUGAUGUUGUCGUUCUUGCUGGCCAAGCUGUCGUGGGAGACCAAACUGCUCUUGCAUGCCAAUUCGAGCAAACGUUCUUUACUGGAAACGUUCACGGCCGAGAGCCCUCAUCACAAUCAUCAGAUGCCUCCGAAUUCCUUCCGUGGAUCUUCCAAUUCGGUUUCGAUUGCUUCCGAUGGCAACACUACUACUAGUAGAGAUCCCGUGCCCGUGAUUGCACGAGCAACACACGAUCACAAGCAACACACACGAGGAUCCCACAAGUCGGUCGUCCCGUUGGGGAAAGCCAAGAAGGAACUGAUCGUUUUUUACCACAUCUUUCUGCCGGAUGAAGAAAGAGGAAACAGGAGCACGGCAAUCGUCGCAGAACAACUCGAACAGAUUGGACAUUCCGGAGCUCGCAACAUGUCGGAAUCGGUGCAAGUAUACUACAACACAAUUGGCAACAGAACCAUUGACGAAGCAGCCAUGAAUCAGACUUGCGCAAACAACCAUAUGCAAUGUGUACACACCAAGCACUACACGGAGGGAUUCGAGUUUCACACACUCAGAGACAUUCGCCUCUAUUGUCGACAAGAGGAAAAUAUCAACAAGCAAGUCGUUUACAUUCACAAUAAAG